AUGGCGGGCGCGGACGAGAAGAAGGAGAGCGAGCCUCCGGCAGCGGAAAAGGGUGGGGGCGGCGGGAAGGGAGACGCACCGGAUAAGAAGGAUGGGGGCGGCGGAGGAAAAGAUGGGGGGGGAGGGGGGGGCAAGGAGGGGGGCGGGAAGGACGACAAGGCCAAGAGCGGGGACGCGGAAGUGGCAUCGGUGGUCGUGCCCAAGGGGAUAGAGGAGGUGGUGGUGCACCCGUUGGUACUCCUUUCCACGGUGGAUCACUACAACCGGGUGGCAAGGGACGCGAAGAAGCGGGUCGUGGGGGUACUGCUGGGGUCGAAGUACAAGGGCACCGUCGACGUCACAAACAGCUUCGCGGUUCCGUUCGAGGAGGACGUUCGCAACCCAAACAUCUGGUACCUCGACCACAACUUCUUGGAAGGCAUGUUCGCGAUGUUCAAGAAGGUGGCGGCGAAGGAGCGCAUCUGCGGGUUCUACAGCACCGGCCCCAAGAUCCGAGAGAAUGAUCUCGCCAUCGCGGAGCUCUUCAAGCGGUUCUGUCCCAACCCAGUGUACGUGAUCAUCGACGUACGACCGGACGUGGAGGGCAUCCCCACCACGGCUUACGUGACGGCGGAGGAGGUAGAGGCAGACGGCAAGGAGAUCCAGAAGACCUUCAAGCACGUCGCUUCCAGCGUAGGCGCCCUCGAGGCGGAGGAGGUCGGGGUGGAACACCUUCUUCGCGACAUCAACGACCCUUCGGUGUCGAGCUUGGCCAAUCAGAUCAAGCACAAACUCUCGGCGUUGAGCGGGCUCAAGUCAAAGCUGGAGGAGAUGCAGACUUAUCUGAAGAACGUUCUCGACGGAAAGCUUCCCGUAAACAACCAGAUCGUCUACAACAUGCAGAACAUCUUCAACUUGCUGCCGAACCUGAACGUGGACGAGCUGGUCCGGUCGAUGCUGGUCAAGACGAACGACAUGCACCUCGUCAUCUACGUGUCCGCUCUGAUCAGAUCUGUCGUGGCCCUUCACGACCUCGUCAACAACAAGAUUCGAUACAAGGACAUGGACGGGCUGGAGGCGGGCAAAGAUGAAACCGGCACGAAGCCCGAGGAAGGGGAGGACGCCGCGGCAAAGAAGGAAGCCACCAAGGGAGAGCCGCAGAAGCCAGGGAGCAAUAAGGGGGCAUAAGGUUGCACUACUGGUUGGCUAAGUGCUUUUUCGGACAUGGGGUUCGUUUUUUGUUGUUGUUUUUGGAGCCGUUGGUGUUGUGAUACCCAUUGUAGCAGUUUGUGCGGUGAAUGCGUUCUUGCUGUGCGAGCGAGCGGAGCGGCCGUUAGGGGAUUGCUGCAGCAAAACGUAACACGAAUUCGCGCUGAACAAGGAAUUAGACGAAUGGGCGGGGUUUGCGCACGCACACUUUGUGACGAAUGGCUCCGCGACCCUUCGUAGCCUUGGAGAGGAGGGAGCAAGGUGUGGGAGUCGGGAGUUUUGGCGGGUUCCCGCGCCGCCGUGGCCGCUGUGACUUUCAGGCGGGCUCGCAAUAAACAUCGGGGAACAA